UUGGAUAAACUUGAGUCAUUCUGGAUGGAUUCCACCUCAUUUUGAACCCAAUUUAGACAAAUUUUAGAAAUUUUAGAAAGUUCUAGUCAUUCUGGACUAUUUUUGGGUAAUUGUUGACCAGAUUUAUGUCAUUGUGGGCACAUUUAGAGUCUAGUUUUGUGUAUUUGUAAUGAUGUGAGCAGCUAGAAGCAGAACAGUCACACAAGGAUGUGUUAUUUUUGCACUUUCUUUCUUCUAUUUGCACGUUUUGGACAAAUUUUCUGAUAUGCAGUUUGCAUUUGGACAAGUUUUAGGAAUUUUGGUGACCUCCUGACAUCAUGGAGUCUGAAGGGGCGGAGUCUUCGGGCCUGGCGUCGGUCGAGGUGUUCAGCUCGAUCCGUGAGCGGACGAUAGCAGAGAACAGCAUGGUGGUUCUGCUGCAGGGCCUUCAGGGGGAGGUGACCACGGUGGACCUGAGGAACGAGAGCACGGCUCGGGGACGAGUCGUCAGCGUGGACGCCUUCAUGAACAUCCGUCUGGCCGACGUCCUGUACCAGGACCGGCGGGGUCAGCUGACCCGGCUGCAGGACCUGUUUGUCACCGGCAGGAACGUCCGCUACGUGCACAUCCCCGACCACGUGGACAUCAUGAAGACCAUCCAGAACCAGCUCAGCAAGAUCCACAGAGUCCGAAACUUCGCCAGUGAAGGUGGAGGCAGGAAGGAGUUCCCAAAGAAAACCAAAUAAGGUUUAAUAAAUGGACACAAAGAAAACUAAGUAAGGUUGAAUAAGGUCCUUUCCUCCUAAAUGUCAUGGUUCUAUCUGCUGGACUGAUGAAGUUCUGAAAAAGUCCAUUAAAAAGUGAUAAAUCUGGACCCACCUCUAUGGACUUCAAGAACCUGGAACUCUGGAAAUAUUCCCAGUAUGAAGGUAGAACUCUGAUCAUUGAUAAAGUUACUGGAGAUAAAGAAGUAGAUGUUCUGAGGAGGUCUGGAAGGAACUUUAGUCCUAUUUGGCUGAUUUUUUGUUUUUUGUGCUAAAUUUGAGUUUUUGUCACAAUUUCACCAGUUUUGUGGUAAUUUUGGUCCUUUUCGUGGUAAAUUUGUCAAUUUUUGUGGCGAUUUUCCAUGUUUUUGCUGGCAUAUUUGGAUGUUUCAUGGUAAUUUUGGCUCUUUUUGGGGUAAUUUUUCAAGGGUUUUUUGUGCCAAAUUUCAGAGCUCAGAUGUGUUUCUCCUCCUAAAUGUCAUGGUUCUAUCUGCUGGACUGAUGAAGCUCUGAGGCUCAGAAAUUAUGGAAAAAGUCCAUUAAAAAGUGAUAAAUCUGGAUCCACCUCUAUGAACUUGAAGGACCUGGAACUCUGGAAAUAUUCCCAGUAUGAAGGUAGAACUCUGAUCCAGGAUGCUGCUGGGAAGGAUUCAGAAAACCAAAAGUACUUGAAGACAAAGAUUCUUGUUUGUUUUUUCAGAUUUUAGGACCACAGAAUGACUCUCAGGAUAAGAAUGUUUUCUCUGUUUUGUGGACAUUUUGAACUGUUCUGGAAAUCCUUUGAGUGAGUUUUUGUUUGAACUGUUCUCUCUGUCAUUGAUUUAUUUUAAGGAGUCAGAAGCUGAAAAAGUUUUGUUCAAAUUUCAAAACCCUAUAUGGGUUGAUCUGUGUCCAGUCAGACAGGAUUCUGGUACUUGUGGUGAUUUGGGGUGUUUCUGCUGCCAUAGUCGAACCUUUCAAGGUAGUUUUGGCAUUUUUUGGGAUGAUUGUGUUCCUUUUUGUAGUAAUUUUCCAGCUUUUUUAAAGCUAUUUUAGCUGCUGUCCAUUAAAAAGUGAUAAAUCUUGAUUGUACAAAUGGAGGUGCACAGUAUUUAACUUAAAACAGUUCUGUUUUUUUUACAUAAACAUAUUAAAUGUUGCUGACACACAGA